UGCAGCACAACCUCAAUCUUCUAAUAUGUGGGGAGAAAAUAUAGUAGUGGUGGACGGAACGGAGAAAUCCUUCGAUGUAGAUGAUAUAGCAUCCCUGAUCCCAACCUAACCCCGAGUGAAGUCAUUCUAACCAUUCUAACUCACAGAUGGUCGUAGAAAGCUGAGUGACCGAUGAUAAGUCUGUAUAUCGUUAUCUCGUAACUAGCUGAAGCUACUUUAAACAAAGAGAAAGUGUACGCGCGUGACCAUGCGUAGCGUAACCACUGAACAUGGAGCCAUUGUCAAUGUUACUCGAAUCUAUGAUAACGCAAGUAAAGUGCUCAAAGUUUGGUUAGACACGUAAACGUUUUGAGCAAAGUUAUAACAGAGACCGUGAAGCAUAUCAGGAUCUCGUGCAAACGUAUUGAAUUUUCGUUUGUUGCGAUCGUUACUGAUUAACAGAAAAUGACAGAGGAGGAAGUUUCAAUAAGUGUUCUGACACUGAACUGCUGGGGAAUACCAUAUGUCUCGCGAGACAGAAAAGCUCGGAUGGCUGCGAUCGCUGAAAAAUUCUCUAAAGAGAGUUACGACGUUAUCUGUCUGCAAGAAGUAUGGUCAAUCGACGACUUUAAAAUGAUCAAAGCCAAAACGCAGGAACAGUUACCUUAUUCACACUACUUCUACAGCGGUGUUGUUGGAUCAGGAAUUUGUAUCUUAACUAGAUUUCCUAUUAAAGAUGUUAUGUUCCAUAAGUGGCCUCUGAACGGAUACGUACACAAGUUACAUCACGGCGAUUGGUUCGGUGGAAAGGGCGUCGCACUCUGUAGACUUCAAAUUCAGGACAUGGACGUUAACGUUUACGUCGUGCACUUACACGCGGAGUACAAUAGGGAUAACGACGAAUACGCGGCGCACAGGGUACUGCAAGCUUUCGACACUGCCCAGUUCGUUCGACUGACUUGCGACGGAGCCGAUUCCGCGAUACUGUUGGGCGACCUCAACACGGAACCAAACGAUCUAGCCUACAAAAUCAUAUGUGGCGUCACCGGUUUAUUGGACGCUUGCUCAAACACUUCUUCGACCAAUUUAGGAACCCAUGAGUGUGCCAAUAAUAGUUAUACCACGUCGAAGAGCGCGAACGCUUGCCCAGAAGGAAAGCGUAUAGACUACAUUUUGUACCACGGUACGAAGAACAUCGAGGUAAAAGCAACUAGUUUCAAACAUCCUUUCCCAAACCGGGUGCCCGGCAAGAACUUCAGUUACUCCGACCACGAGGCCAUCGUGGCGACCUUUCGUUUCAGUGCUGGCUCGACCCCAUCCGCGAACAUGGACGUCAGAGACUCGUUGAAGGAAGGUAUAAGCAUAUGCGAGACCGCGUUGAAGAGCGUCAGCUGGCAGCGGUAUUGGUAUCUAUUGUUCAGCGGCAUGUUGAUCGUGCCAUUGGUCUGGUCCAUGGGAUUAGAUUGUUCCGUAACAUCCGCCGAUGCAACGAUCGGUCUGAACGUGGGGCGUGUCUGUUUGUCGGCAGUACUUUGCUACGCUCUGUUCAUGAGCUCCAUAUGGAACAGCGUCGAGAAGAACGCAUUGAGGGCAGGAUGCUCAGGGAUGGAGAUAUACUUGACCAGUUUCAAUCUUAAUUUGUACGCGAAGUGAAACCAAGCCAAGCGCUGCGCGUUUGGGUGAUUGGCAAUUUUAGAGGCUCGAGCCUCGUUAUACGCUUUAGCAUAUUUAGUUUUGUUUCACACGUCUGUCGAAAGACAGUACAAGUACACAUUUACGCGCGUAAGUAUCGAAUACAGCUGGCUUGAUUCGACUUAUGCGCGCGAAGAGUUUUCCAACACGGAGGAUGACAAAGAAUUCGUCGUGUCGCACGAGUAUCGAAAGAGCCCGAGCGUUGAAAUAGCGUAGCGAAACACUUGACACGUGGAUCAUGCUCCUUCUCUCUCUCUCUCUCUCUCCUAAGUUAAAAAGUUACCGGUUUUAAAACGUCUUUAUUCGGAAGAUUUUUCGGUUUUUACGAGAGAGAUCCACUAGCUCAUAGAAAAUAGAAAACGGUGAUAAUUACACAAUGGAUAAUGAAAUUGUAUCUUCGAAUGAAAACGUUUCCGUGUUACUUCAAAUCGGGCAAGAACUCGUGCGAUCGUGCAAUACUUCCUAUCACGACGUUCCGUAUCCGCUCCGUGGAAAGUAUGACAAAAGUAUAUUUUCUUAAGAACCGUGGCAUUUACAUUACAUUCUAGUUGCCGUGUCGCAGUUAAAGGACAAUAAUAUGGUAAAUGUCCUAAUUUCUGUUUGCAUUGAAAUUUCUACUCAUCGGCGCAUUGUUCUAUCUUUGUGCGGAUAAAAGCGUUCCUCCCAUCUCCGAUCGGAAUUUUAGUUUGCACGUGUUAGCUCUAGAAUCACCACAGUUACGAGUACAGUCUGAGAACAAUCGCGACUGAUUCAUAAUGAGAAUGGGAGCAAAAAGGUCGCCAUUCCUGGAUUCUUAUGUUACCUCGAGAGAUCAUCGAAGAACAAGCAAGUCAGUAGAAAUUGUUACGUGAACAGAAACGAUCGAGACGUUUACCUCGUAAUUCCUUAAGAGAUGUGAAUUCCAUUUUGCAAAAAUUCCGUAUGGCAAUUUUUUAAGAGUUACAUUUCGAGAGUUUAAGAAACAGACAGUUUUGACUUAGUGUGUGUACGAGCAUUACGUUUCGAUUGUACCGUCCGACUCGACGUCAACACAGUAUAUUUAUACUAUUAAAAUCUUUAUUCCAAAUUCCGAUUA